AUGAUCAGAUAUCCAGGUUUUUGGUGGCUUCAAAGGUCGUUUAUUUUUCGGUCAGUAUAAAAGAGGGACUGCGGACUGCGGACCACGGACUGCGGACUGGGUAUAAAAUACGGACUAGGUAUAAAACGCGGACUCCGGACUGAGUAUAAAACACGGACUAGGUAUAAAACGCGGACUACGGACUAUGUAUAUAAAAACAGCUUUAGAAGGUAAAACUGAGAGAAAUAGAAAGCGGACUAGCAAAAACAGUAGUCCCAGCUUUAACGCUGUUCACGUAGUCUAUUCUUCCCAUGGAGAAGGAAGGUUAUGCCGGUACUCAAGGCAACUGAAAUUAAACUCUGAAUUUUAUGAAAAGAAGGAGUUUGAAGAGAUUUCAAUUUGUAGUUUUACACCAAUAAGAAGCACCGAAUUAAAAAAAAAUAGUAUUGGUAUUAGUCAGAUCAGUAAAAUUCUUAUCGGACGCCACAAUUCCGUUUCAAAUAAAGCCUUGGGAAUAUGAGGACUGAAUGAAGAACUCAGACGAGAAGGUCAAUGCGAUGCACAAAGCAGUAUUUAGGUGCGAGGGAUUACUCACAUACGUGAAUAAUAACCGAAAUGCGUCAUUCAACGUUAUAUUCUAAGUGAUGAUUAUGAUGACAUGAUUUACACCCUGCUCCUGAUCCCCGGAAGGGGGUACUACUGGGAAUUCUUCGUUGGGGUGUAGUGCCCGGUUCCCCGAAUCCUGACCUUAUUGCAGACCCAAAAAUUGUCAUUUUCCACACCCGUUUUCAGACUAGAUCUCUAAAAUCCAUACCCAUUUUCGGACCUGGCCUAAUUUAGCCUGUUCCAGGUUCUCAGAUAGUUGGGGAGACUCCCCAGUUUUCUCCCGUUUUAUUUUCGUGUUUUCGCUUUCUCAAUUCAUCGGACCCAACUAUCUUAGAGCCUUGAACAGGUUAGGUAUGAUUAGGCAGAAAUUUUGUCAUCAUUACCAAGUUAGAGCGGAAACAAAAAAAAUUCUCCAAAUGCAUUUCGAAUUCGCACAUUUCUAUUUCGUUCUUAUUCAUUUGGAAUUGAAACGAUAAAUACGUCCAUUCAUGUACGCUCCCGUUGUACCCUCGAAAACCAUACCCGAUUCCACACCAAAAUGGGCAAAGUGUUUUCAGACCAAAAAGGCCCAAAACUCCUACCCUUCCCUUAUAUAAGGGAGUACCCCCCUGAUCCUGACCCCUUUCAUGAUUGUUAGAGACCAAGACAAGGUCUAAAAAUGGGUGAAGAAAAUAGCAUUUUGAUCCGGCUCAUGAUUCAGAGAACCGGGCGGGACACCUCCACCAAGAAUCUAUAAGAGUAUUUACAACUUUAACUCACGUGUCUUGCUAUUUAGCGAUCUUUUGAUCUUAUUUUUCCUUACCUAGAACCAAUUUGCACGGUUUUUACCAAAGUAGUCCGUAGUCCGUAUUUUAUACCCAGUCCGCAGUCCGCAGUCCGCGUUUUAUACCUUGUCCGUGUUUUAUACCCAGUCCGUAUUUUCUAGUCCGCGUUUUAUACCUAGUCCGUAUUUUAUACCCAGUCCGCAGUCCGUAGUCCGUAGUCCGCAGUCCGUAUUUUAUACUGACCGGUUUAUUUUUUCAUGGAGCGACUGUCUUCAAAAGCUAUGUAACCGCGCCAUUGUAAUAUCCAACAUGGCGACCGCCGGCCCCACGGUCUGGUAUCAGACAGUGCUGAAUGUAAAGCCUAAAUCUCGCGGAGUUCAUGUUAUUACGGACGAAAUAGAAAAAAUACCAGAACUCAAGAAAUACAAGGUUGGCCUGGCUCAUUUACUAUUGCAACACACCUCGGCAAGCAUAUGUGUGAAUGAAUGCUGGGAUUCUUCUGUGCGCCACGAUAUGGAGAUGAUGUUAAAUCGUCUGGCUCCGGAGCAAGGGCCCCCAUACAAGCAUACUAUAGAGGGGCCUGAUGAUAUGCCAGGUUAAAAAUCUUUAUAUCAUUUCUUUCUUUUUUGUUGUGUUAUCCCUAAAAAUGAUUCAAGGCUAAAAGUUUAGUGUAAGUAAUACCUGCAAAUCAAAGGUGAACCAAUCAGGAAUUUUUCAUACAAGAAGGGGGGGAGGGGGGGAGGGGUCAUGGGUCUCCACUAUGAAAGUGGCAGAGAGGCUAUUAAUUGUUAACUUUCACAUGCAUGUAUGUGACAUGCUUGCAGAUCAAAAAUGUCAAUCACAUGUACAUGACUCAGGACUGUCAACCCAGCACAUCUUCAAAUGUUGAGAAUUGAUAGGGAAGGGAUAAUAGAUGGUGUCAUAAUGCAUGGCACAUGACGUCAUUGAUGAUACAAAAAAUGCGCAAAAAAGAUGUUGUUGGAAUUGUACCAUUUGAUCUGAUUGGUUUACUUCCCUUUUAUUUUUUCAGACUUCUUUACGCAAUUGCAUAAAUUGCAUUGACUGCGACAAUCAUUACUUCAUUUUCAUUUAAUUUCCACAGUUCAUAUAUGAUAUAUUUCAUAUAUCAUUAACACUCAUUUCUUUCACGGGAACAUAUGAACCCACAAUUGACCUGCUCCCGACGUCAGUGGCUUCAUAGCUCAGUUGGCAGAGCAUCGCACCGGUAAUCGCGAGGUCACGGGUUCAAACCCAGUUGAAGUCCUGAAUUUUUUUUUCCAGGCUUCUUUACGCAAUUACAUAAAUUGCCUUCACUGCGACGAUCAUUUCUUCAUGUUCAUUCCCAUAUAUUGUUGCUUAUUUUAAAAUGGCAUACCGGAGUUUGUGAGGAAACGUUUGAUAUUAACAGUAAAAAUAAUAACUCAAACAACACAAAAUAUCUGAAAUUUCAUUGUCAGAAAGUCAAAUCUACAAGACAUGGCAAACUUUGGCGAUUAUCCGGGAGAUUUCAGACUCUACUCUAGAGACCGGGACAAAUGGUUCAAAAUCUGGAGACUCCCGGAUUAUCCAGGAGAGUUGACAGCACUGAUGACAGUUUCAUGCGCUUAACUCUUAAUUCUCGCCAAUUUAACAUGCACCCAAAAUAGUCCCUGAAAGACUUGAUCUUGGCGAGAUCUCAUGUUUACUAACCUCGAUAACCUCAGCAAGAUAUGUGUAACCUAAAAAUGAUGGGGCCAAGGCUUUUUGCUUUGCACCACAAAUCAUUGAAAAAUCUUUGUUAUGUUCAGAUGUUGUUGGAAAGUCAUUGCCACUGGAAGUCAUUGAGUUUUUUCAGAAAUUUGGUAAUAAUAUCAUGGAUACGAAAAUCACAUAAAAUUUGACUUAGAAACAGUUGGCAGGUGUAGGAUGCUCAUCAAAAAAAAAUUAAAUCCUUACAGUCAAACCAGGUCAAGCGUACCCCCCAAGAAUACAUUAAUGAAUUUAUUAUUCAAAAGUUGAAUCCGUUGCUAGUUGUAGAUUUCAGAUUGAUCUCUGCAUUCUUGUAUGUGUAAUGAGCCGUGAAUUCACACGCGAGGCAGUUAUGAAAUUUCUACCAGCUUCAUUUUCCUGAAAUUGAUGUAAAUGUCUUCUAAUAAGCUUAAUCCAUCCAAAGAUUUCCAAUCUGACCAAAUACAGAGAAGUUCUCGUAAAAUAUUCACUGCUCAUUACACAUGCAUAAAUGCCGCUUUGAAUUUGACACCAGUUACGGGAACGACUAACGGAUUCAUUUUUCAAAUAAUCAAUAUAUUAAUAGAAUCUUGGGGAGUACACUUGACUUGGUUUGACUAUAAAAGAGACCAUUGCAUUUUGGUUAGUUAAAGUGUAUGAGGAAAGUAGUGGUGUCUCCUUUUUAUUAUCUUAUCUAUCGACUAUGACUUUGUAUUAUGAUUGUAUUUUAACAGCACAUGUCAAGACUGCACUCGUGGGACCCAGUGUGACUAUCCCAAUCACAAAUGGAAAGUUAAAUCUUGGAACCUGGCAGGGAAUCUGGCUUUGUGAACAUCGGAAUCAUGCAGGUUCAAGGCGAAUUGUAGUAACUCUUCAAGGAGUUCAAUAA